AUGUUUGCAAGAUACAAUCUUUUGUCAUCAGUUACCCUUAUUCUCGCAUUUAACGAAAUGAAACUUCGCCUCGUCCGUCACUCACACACUCACCAUUUCGCCGUGAGCCGCCUGCGCCAAUCACCGCUCCCCGGACCUUGGUCACAAACCCUGAAGAAGAUGUCUGGUAGAUCAUCUUCCUCGGCGGCCAUGGGAAGCUCCACAGGUAAUACCACACGAUAUGAAGAACCACCAAAAAGGUUGUGUCGCCACCUCGAAGAAGCUCACUUGUUGACAUCGAAAACUGACAAGAAUCCCUUUAGAAGGUACUACCGGUGUGCUCAAAGAUAUCGUCGAAAGGCUCACCUUACGAAGACUUGCCGGAAAAUAGGAAUAGACGUCGAGGAAGAUAGACGGGACGCCGGAGUAAAGGAUGUCGAGGUCGAUGGCCUGCGUUAA